ACGUACAUAAGUUGUUAUUUGGUCUCUUUUGUUCUGUUGCUCGACGGGUGCUAUUACAUGGUGGUAGUAUAUAGUUAUGGAUGGUACUGAUUUACCUCCUAAAAUAAGCAAUUUAAUCAUGAUUGAGGAUUUUAUUGAUAACUAAGUAUGUUUAAACGAUUAGUUCGUUGUCAUGUAAAAUCAUCUCGUACACCACCUAGUAAAGAUAGUACAAACAAUAAAAUUCAUUUACCAACAAAAUGUAGUGCCUGGUUAUUUUCAACUAUCUCUUCUUCAUCUAAAAUCUCAACAACUGAUGAUAAUGAUACAAAUAAGAGCACAGAAAUUUGUUCAGUAGAUCAUUCUUUUAAAACAAACAAUUCUCAAGAGACAUACACUGUAACUAAUGCUCAAUAUCCUAACGACGAUAUUCAACGAAUCUCUUGUCAUCCUUAUUGUCCUAAUCCAGAAAGUAUUAAACUACCUUUUGUACAAUUCACUAAAGUUAGAAAUCAUUUUCUAGCUAUUCGAUCUCAACCAAUAUCUUCAUCUAUAAAAGAUCAAUUAAAAUCUUAUUCAUUCAAUAAUUGGUUAUACUCAGAUGCUGAAUUAAUUAAUUUUGUUAAAUUUAUGUUCAUGGAUUUAAAUCUACCGGAAUUAUGUCGUUUCACUAUUGAUACACUUGAAAAUUGGUUAUUUUCAAUUUAUUCCCGAUAUAACAAUGUACCAUUUCAUAAUUUUAAACAUGCAUUUAUGGUCACACAAAUGAUGUAUUGUAUCAUUAACAUGGUAAAUUUACCGCUGUACGUAUCAUCAGUGGAUUUACUGAUUCUGUUAUUCUCCGCAUUGUCACAUGAUCUUGAUCAUCCGGGCUUUACAAACUCUUACCAGAUUAACGCUGGUACUUGGCUUGCUCUACGUUAUAAUGAUAUAUCACCACUGGAAAAUCAUCAUUGUAUGACAGCAUUUGAUCUUAUCACGAAUAAUCCAACAACUAAUAUUAUCAGUGGGUUAACACCAGAUGAAUCACGUCAUUUUCGUAGAUCUGUGAUAAGAUGUAUUCUAAGCACAGAUAUGGCUAUUCAUUCAGAAUGUCUAUCACAAUUUCAAGUUGUACGUAAACAAGUCUAUUCCAAUUGUCAAUCAUUAUAUAUGAUGAGUAAUAUGAAUAAUCAUAGUAUUAUACAACACCACCAACAACAACAACAGUAUCAUCAACAAACUAUGGAACAUUCUUAUUGUAGUAAUGAUAAUAGUAACAGUAAUAAUAAUAAUAGUAAUGAUCAAAAAGAGUUGAACACUUUGGAUCCAAUAUUUCCUUCGCUGCAAUUAUUAUCAUCCUCGUCAGCAUCAGCAUCAGCAUCAUCAUCACCUAUGCAACAACAGCCUACACUAGAAACAAACUCUUCUUCUUCCCCUGAUCAUCAUCAUCAUCAGUACCAUCAAUGGAACCAUAAUAAUAAUAAUCAUAAAAUAGAAACAACAAGACAACAUUUAUCCGAAACUCAUAAACACUAUCAUCGUUUAUGUAACAAUAAUCAUAUGAAUCAUGAUGCGGAUAAUGACAGUGAUCAGAAUAAUCACAAUGACGAUGACGGUAAUGAUCCUACUAAUUAUGCACAUAUUCAUCCGUCGUAUAUUCAUUCAGCAUUAAUAUCAUUAAUUAAUCAACAACCGGAAUAUUUAUUACGUUUAUUAAUGAUUUUAUUAAAAGUAUGCGAUAUAUCAAAUGAAAUUCGUCCACCAUUAAUUGCUAAUGUAUGGGUAGAUUGUUUAUUCAAUGAAUUCUCUUUACAGGCUACAGCAGAAAAACAAGCUGGUCUUCCGGUUGCUCCUUACAUGGAUCCUGAUCUUGUAGUGAUAUCCAAUAGUCAAUUGAAUUUUCUAGAUAAUAUUCUAAUACCAUUAGUAAAAGAAUUGACUUUAGUCUUUCGUGAAUUAAAUAUACUUUUAGAAUCUGUGAAUCGACGUUUAGAGCAUUUCUCUCAGAUUAGACAAUAUGAAUUGGCUCAACAACAACAACAACAACAGAUGAAUGAUAAUUGUUGUUCAACAUUAAAAGCCAUAUCAUCAUCACCAUCGUCGCCGCCGUCCUCGUCUUUGUCAACAACAACAACAACGGUGACUAAUACUCCCGUGUGCUCUGUCAUGAAAUCCAGUGUUCGAGCGGCUACUGAAGAAAAUAUCAAAUAUACUCCUCAAUCAACAUGUUGUUCCGAUGAAAUAACCCUCCAUCCAAUUGAAAACCGACAACAACCACCACCACAACAGCAACAACCACAACUAUCCAAUCAACAUGAAUCUUCAACGAAUCCAACAAAUCCUGAUUAUUAUUUACCUUCUGCAACCUCACCAGCACCACCUUCAUCCUCAUCAUCAUCGUCUACAUUAUGUUGUUGUAAAUCCUCUUCACCUGUUAAAUGUCAACAAUCUCAAGUACCACUUUAUGUUACGGUGAAAUCACCUUGUCUUAAAAAAUCAUGAACUACCAUGAGAGAUAGACAGAUGACAUACUACUAAAACAUAUUUGAAAAAUAAAUUUUACAGAGGAAAGAAAAUACAAAAUGAUUUUCCCUGAAUGAAUAUUCUCUACUACUACUCACACUACUACUACUACUACUACUACUACUACUACUCAUUCUCCUGUGUAAAAUAAACUAAGAGUAGUAGUACACUAUGUGUAUAAAUGGUUGUUUUGAAUUAUUCAUCUUAUACACAAUGAUAAGCAUUUCCAAUUUGAACUUUUCCAACAUCUCUCUUUGUUUGCACUGUUUUUAUAUUGUUUUAACGACGACUAU